UCUGCCUCAAUAUAAAUAAAUUGAUGGCGGUGAAAUCGUAGCAGCAUCUGUAGGCUCGUAUUACUUUACAAAAUAAUUAACACAUCUAAAAUCAACCAUCAGAUCUUCUAAAGUUAUUUUUAAUGAAUAUUUCCGAACGAUGCAGUCCGACACGCUGUUACACAUCGCUAAUUUCAGCACGCUUUUUGUGUGCAUGGUGCUAAAGUUCCCACAGAUCUUCGUCCUGAUGCGGGCCAAGUGUUCCACGGGAGUCAGCCUGAACAGUCUGGUCCUGGAGCUGAUCGGGUUCAUUGUUUUUGUCACGUAUCAGAUGUACUAUGACUACCCUCCUCCUACUUACCUGGAAUAUCCCAUCCUCAUCGCUCAAGACGUCAUCGUCCUGCUCCUGAUUCUUCAUUACAACGGCAGCCUGCGGCAGAGCCUCAUCUACGCCGUGCUGCUGUUUGGAGGCUGGAGGCUCCUCACCGUGGAGAGGUGGAUCAUUGAUCUGGCGAUGAGCUUGUGCACGUUCAUUAGUGCUGCCAGCAAGUUUGCACAGCUGCAGUGUCUCUGGAGCUCUAAAGACGCCGGGCAGGUCAGCGCUCUCUCCUGGGCUAUGGCCACCUACACAUGCAUGGCUCGGAUCUACACCACCACGGUGACAACUGGAGACAUGCAGGUUUUGGUGCGAUUUGUGGCGAUGACCCUGCUGAACCUGUGGGUGCUGCUGACUGUGAUCUACUACCAGCGACGGACCGGCAGCAGCUCCAAGAAAACGGAUUAAUCAGAGCCCAGCGGGUCACGAUCUGAUGGUUUUGAGCGUCUGUCGAGUCCUGAAGCAGCGUAUUAGUCACUGUAGUUAAUGAGUUUACGCGCACAGAAAGAGAUCUGCCGCUGAAGCAUAACUAAAGGGGUGAGCCAGUCAUUUACAUCAGGUGAGAUGGGAGGAGGGGCCAAACCCAGAAGUCAGAUUAUGAGAAAACGUCACAAGUGUUGACUUUUUCAAUUAUUUUAAAAUAGAAAAUUUAGAUUUUUUCUUGUAAAUUUACAGUUGAAGAAACUCAGGAAACAUCAAAGUCAUUUCAGAUACUUUUCUGAACGCUUUAACAUAUUUCUGAUUAAGAAUUUUUAACUUCUGUUUUGUUUUUCCAAGUUUAUCUUUUAUUGCAAUUUUUGAUCCACUUUUUCAUGCAAAUGCAACUUUCUUGGAAUAUUCCUGUUUUUCCUCCAUAAUCUGUGAAUUUCUGACGGAAUAUUUUAGGUACAGUGACCCUUACGAGCCGCCGUAGCAUUCCAACAUUUUAACAUUCCAGUUUUCUGAAUCUAUUCUGAGCAAUAAUGUCCAUCCUGGUGUCGUACGUACUGUUAACAGCUUUUCUACCGUUUACAUGACCAAAUGUUUUACUUCCUGCUGCCAGAAAUAAACCUGUUUAUAAAUAA